UUCUUUUCAACUACAUUCAAUAGGUAUAGUGCUAUUUCCAACCAACAACUUUGUACCACCUAAAUAUGUAGACUCAUACAUCACUACUAGCGCUUCAUUUCUUCCCUUUAUUUCAUUCAACAUAGACAUACUGCUGUUUUGUCUAUAAUGGCGGUCCAGAUCCUUUCAGACUUACAUCUAGAGACCCCAAAAGCUUACGAUAUCUUCAGUAUUGCGCCUAAAGCACCUUACCUAGCACUGCUUGGCGAUAUUGGCAAUGUCGCGUUACACAAGGACGAAUGCCUUGCUUUUUUAAGCCGACAGCUGAAGAAUUUUCGCGCUGUGCUCUUCGUCCCAGGCAACCACGAAGCUUAUCAUUCAAACUGGCCGGAAACCCUCGAUGUUCUUCGUGCUUUCGAAAGGGAUGUUCGUAACGAUAACUCGAUCGGAGACUUUGUCCUUCUUGAUCGCGUCUGCUAUCAAAUACCAGACACCAACGUCGUCAUUUUAGGAUGCAGCCUGUUCUCGUAUAUUCCAGCUGAAAGUCGUAUGGCCGUUAGUUUUGGGCUUAAUGAUUUUUACACUAUCGAAGACUGGGAUGUCGACUUGCACAACGAAGCGCAUGAGCGAGACCUUGCCUGGCUUGACACGCAGGUCGCUGAACUCGAGCAGUCCGACGUGCGUAUUAUGAUAUUUACACACUGGAGCCCAUCGAAGGACGAUCGUACGGUUGAUCCAAAGCAUGCUACUAGUUCGAUCACGAGCGCCUUCUCGACCGACUUGUCCGAAAAGAAAUGCUGGACGAGUAGCAAAGUCGUAUUGUGGGCAUCCGGGCAUACGCAUUAUAACUGCGACUUUACCGUUGAGCGGAACGACGGUGCCGGCCCAUUGAGGCUGCUUGCGAACCAGAGGGGAUAUUUCUUUGCUCAAGCCGACGGAUUUGAUGAAGAGAAGGUAAUCGAAAUAUAGCGAAUUUGUCAAGAGUUGGCCUCGAGAUUAAACGAUUGGCACCUGAAAACUUUGGUCGGAUGAGAGGAGACGGAUCGGAGAUGAAAGUAGAUGGUGGCCGAUUUAAGAGGCGACUGCAACCUUGGAUGUCUGCAGUGAGCACUGUAAAAAGAAACGAUCACAAGAAUAAAAAAAGGUUACAUAGAAAUAGCAGUGUAAUGUUGUAAGAGGCUAUAGAGAAAUACGAGCUUCUGUGUAAAGGUCCGGAGAAUAUCAAUGGAAUUUUCAGGUCGGCUUGAGAGAAGCUGACGUUGGCGGGUGAGGUGCUACAUUCUGCGCCCAUAGAAAAAGUUCGAUAGGAUAGGGGAGGAAACAGGAGUGCCAUGAAUAUCAUUAGUCAAAAAGUCUCAGGUAACCAAGGCGAUUCUACCUGCGGCCGCCGUGUACAAACAGGUUUCUUGGCUGUUUUCUUGUUUACGAAUAUUGGAAGAAGCCAACAUCGUGACCAAUUUCUGCAGACCCUACGAAUCCUUAAUUGGUCGGACCGAAUGAUACGUCGAGAGGAAGAAGGAAUGGAAUUCAUAACGUUGUUGCAAAGAUGUCUCAGAUGUUACGAAUUCUAGAUCGCUGUAACAUUGAGAGGAUCUACAGAAGUUGAUCUAUUGGUGGUUAUGAGGUGGAUAUACGAUGUGCGGCUCUGAGGAGUUCCUCAUAAG